AUGGCUAGAUACAACACAUGGGGCCUGCAGCGACGGAAGACGACUUCUUCAGACGAAAGACUUCAAAUACGGACUCGUUCUCUCCUUGUCUUGAGAGAUCCCAUCACAGGAAUCACAUACCAUUCCAGUCAAACACACAAAGUUCUCAUCAUGAAGUUAUCAUUUUUCCUCUUGACCAUCGCCAUUUCAGGUGUCAUGAUGUCUCCCACUAUCAACAGAAGGCAGAACGACGUGCAGAAGUGCGUCAAAGGGCAGGGAGACAUGAAGGGCAAAGCAUACGACGGGCCAGUCAACAAUUGCAAGAAAGAAUGCUUUCUCAACGAAGGUCCUGAUCAACCAAACGCUGGGCUCCUAUGCAAGGGAUACUGCCGAGUAGUUGGUCACCCGGGGCCUAUCAGCGAAUGUAGAGGCGGGUUCUUCGCCGUGAGCCGCUUCAUUGUGUGGGUUGUGGCGCCGACGACAACCAAGAUCAUGGGCUGCCAGGCAGGAACGAACAUGGCUUCUAUCUGCUGCCGAAACAUGCGAUAA